CCGUCAGAUGCGUCAGAUGAGCCGCGGCUGUAGGAGCGACUGAGUAGAGGGGGAUGGGGACAAUUGUUUUUUGUGUUGCAUUCCUGCAGUGUGUUUGACCUUUGACCUCGUUGUUGUGUUCUCCUCGUCUUGCAUUCCAAACUGAGGAUUUCCUGCAGUAUGCCAAAAGCUGCUGGGGCUCGCCUUUUCUGCGCCCUGUGUGUGUUUACCACUAUUUAACCAGCGGAGUCGUUCGUUAGCCUAAAAAUAACACACUCAGGAACGCCGCUACUACAACGACCGAUCGCUUUCUUGUGCAAGCCGUUAUACGGAAGAGCGUUUGGGUUUAAACGAGGCGAGUACUAGAGGCGAAAAGCAAUCAAACCCCCGUUUGGUGUUACAGCUAUUAGCCUAGCACGCUAGCGGGGCUUGCCGUAUAUAUCACGCACACGUUUCAUAUCCGCUGCAGAAAUCCGCACCCGCUCGACAACACUGAGGAAAUGAAGGACAAACAGAAGAGAAAGAAGGAGCGCACGUGGGCUGAGGCAGCUCGUAUGGUUCUGGAGAACUUUUCUGAUGCCCCAAUGACGCCCAAACAGAUUCUGCAUGUCAUCCAAACAAAGGGGCUGAAAGAAAUGAGAAGCGGCACCGCACCACUGGCCUGCCUUGUCACCAUGCUUCACUCUCAGGUCAGAGGAGACCGAGUAAAAAACAGUAUUUUCUUCAAGCUGCCUGGAAGGAUGAGUCUGUUUACCCUAAAGAAAAAUGCACUUCAGUGGACAAAGAGCCCAUCAGCGAAUGAGUCUGGAGACGGGACACCAACAGCAUCCACCACAUCAACAGUUGAAGGAGCAGAGCAGGAAAGCUGCGACUCCACAGAGACUGCUGCUGCUAGUGGUGAAAAUGAUGCCUCUGUGGAUGACACUUCCUCCAGUGCCUCUUGCUCUACAGAACCACAGACAAGACUCAGUCGCUCUUCACAGUCAGGGAGACAGAGGAAGAAGGCUGUGAUGAUGCCCCGUGUAGUGCUCACUCCUCUCAAGGUCAACGGUGAACACGUCCCAUCAGGAGCAGCGGGGAGGCGCAGGGAAGGCUCUAGGGGGGGUCCAGGCCCCACUCUCCGUACCCGCUCCGAGCUGGGCUGGAAACGCACCCAGCACUUCAAGAGCAUUCGUGGUCUUCGUUCAGGUCCCAUGAAAAGGAAUCGAGGAGGAGUGGAGGUGGAUUUUGAGACUCCAGGAUCCAUCCUGGUCAACACCAACAUUCGUGCUCUCAUCAACACACGCACCUUUGCUGCUUUUCCAUCUCACUCCCAGCAGCAACUACUCCAGCUUUUACCAGAGGUGGACAGACAGGUUGGCCCUGAUGGCCUUGCUCGUCUAAGCAGUUCGGCCCUCAAUAAUGAAUUCUUUACUCAUGCCUCCCAGAGCUGGAAAGAACGUCUAGCUGAGGGUGAGUUUACACAUGAGAUGCAGGUUCGCUUCAGGCAAGAGAUGGAAAAGGAGAAGAAAGUAGAAGCAUGGAAGGAGAAAUUCUUCGAGGAGUACCAUGGCCAAAGGUCUGGCUUAACGAGAGAGGAGGCAUUAAAGCUCACAAUGAGCGAAGCUGGAGAUGCUGCCAGUCCAGUGCUAGACUCUGAUUCUGCUACAGUGGCUACACCCAAGAGGCGAAGUGUUGGAAGAAGACGGAGAGAAGGCCGUAUCAGACGACGUUCACGGGCUGACCUCAGACGCAGGGCAAGGCGCACACUUUGCAAAACUACAGCUGCAGCUGUGGCUACAGAAGAAACAACAGAGAGCACUGCAACUCCAGAAGAGGUACCAUCAGUUGCAUCACCAGUGCCAGAAACAACAGCAGUUCAAGGAGAGGUGGUCCUUCAAACUGACCCAGAACUUGAAGCACCAGAAGAAAGCCUCUCUGCAGAGGCAGUACCUUCACCGGUUCCUGUACCCACACCUCCUCCAGCAUCGACAAGCUCAACCUGCGAUGAGCCAGAAACCUCUACACGCCUGUUACCGGAAGUACCGGAACCAGCUGUUGCAUCCACCUCAUCUCCUUCGUCAUCCUCCUCUUCUACAUCAUCAUCAUCAUCACCUUCUUCCUCUCCAUCCUCUGCCUCAGACAGACAGACUUUUGCUGCAAGCUCAGACUCCUCUUCUUCCUCUUCCUCCUCCACUGCUGCUGUUGCCACUGAUCCGCUGGAUGAUGGGGCUUCAGUCAUUACCACUGGCACAGCAGGCACUGGAGCAAGCAGCAGAGAAAGCAGCCCUCCAGCCAGUCCCGCUACAGCAAGCCCAGCAAUUCAGCUCAAAGAACAGAAGAGAAGACCAGACGAGUCCCAGGCCUACACCAGCUUUCCCGAGAAAAGGGCGCGGCUGGAUGAGCGUCAGUCCUUUCGUAACACAGUUGACUGUGUGCACUCAGAAAAGCCACAGCCUACAACAGAGGAGCCCAAGGUCCCGCCAAUCCGGAUACAGCUCUCCCGGAUCAAACCGCCCUGGGUCAAGGGGCCGCCAACGUACCAAAUCUGUCCCCGCAUCGUCCCCCCCAACGAAGGGUCGCGGCGCUCUGGGACGGGGGCGCGCACCCUGGCGGACAUCAAGGCCCGUGCACAGCAAGCCCGUGCCCAGCGGGAAGCCGCUGCUGCUGUUGCAGCCUCUGGGGAUGGGGGAGGGCCUGGGGGGAGCGGCCCGGGGGGUGGUACUGGGAUACCGGAUCGCUCCAGCGGGAGGCGUUCAAGAGAGCACCCAGGUCCCGUUGAACCUGGAGGAGGAGGAGGAGGAGGAAGACGAGGAGGAAGAGUUGAUUUGGAGGAGCAGGAAUCGCCUGCAAGCUCUCAUUCGUCGGGAACACAAUUACAGCUGUCUAGUGUAGAUUCGGCAGACAGGCCUCAAACUUCCACUCCACUCACUGAACCAUCUCCCUCUUCUGUGUCCUCAAACCCAUCAUCAAACCCAUCUCUGCCACCAUCAGAAUCUCCAAAAAUACUCACGCUAUCACCACCUGCAACCGACAGCCCUGCUUCCCAGGACCAGGUUGAGGAGAUUUGUGGAGUGGAAGAGGUGACUGCCUGCCCAAGUGAUAAAGCCUCAGAGCAGACCUUAGACACCCCAGUGCCUACGCCAAGUGAAUCAGAGUCUUUUUGCAGUCACCAAGAUGGGAGAGGCGAGGAAGCAGAGUCAAGUGAUAGCAGAACAAAUACGCCUGUUUGCACCUCAUCAUCAAAUGAUGCUAUUUCUUUAGUGCCCACCUCUAUACCAGACUCGCUACCAAGAUUUGGUGCUCAGGGUGUGGAUGUCAUCAGGACAUUGGCAGCUUCCUCUCAACCUUGGGAAGGUGAAAAGAAUGCUGGUGAACUUCACCCAGGGACAACUGGAGUCAUCCAGCAUGGCUCAGACUUGAAAUUACCCAAAGAGACUCUUGUUACAGCCCGAAAUGGAUGGAUAGAAAAUAGAGAAGAGCAUUCCAUGAGAGAGGGUAUACUACAAGAACAUAGGAAUGGAGGGAGUGAUGCUAAUGGUAAAUAUGAAUCAGGCUCUCUACCUUGUCUACCAAGAUGUUCUGGUGAGGAAGACACUGGAGCACACAGUGAUUCAACGGAGACAGCAUCUGACUUUGAAAAUGAAUCACAAGAAGAUGAAAUGGUGGAUUGGCAUGGGGCCCAGAUGGAUAGUAAUGGCAUGCAAACUCAAAAUACAAAAUCACAAAAUCAACCUGUUAUUCAGACCUCAAGUCGACUCACUUCAUCGAUUGUUAAUCCUCCUCAACACCAGCAACCGGUUAUACAGGCCCAUAUAUCUAAUCAAAACCAUACCCAAACUGUUAUUCAGGCUUGCUUUCCUAAUGGUGUGCCAAACCAACCAGUCAUUCAUCCUCACAAGCAGCAUGCAAUUAAUACCCAUGCUAUAAACCACUCUCAGGACCAGAUUGCUUCUGCACCCUCACAAGCCCAAGUGCAAGCUUUUCUGACCCAGACUGAGAGGGACCAAAGCAGAAAUCCACGACUGAAUGAUAAUGGCAAUGGUGUGAAGCUGUAUUUUUCAGAGGAUGACACCAAACCUCUUGGCAGGGAAGAUUUUGUUUUAAAGAAUUCUGCUGGUACUCCAGGCGGUAGAAGAGUCCAAGUUUCAUCUCGACCAGUUUCCACAGUAGAGGCCAACAAUCCUCUUGUCACACAGCUCCUCCAAGGCAGUCUACCUUUAGAGAAGGUCUUACCCCAACCCCACUCAGCCAGCAAGUUAGAAAUUAAUCGACUUCCAGGUGCCACUUCAAGCAACUCACUCAACCCAGCCAAUCAUCAAACACAGAGAAAUCUGGGACCACGUUUUAGAGGCCCACCUGAGUCGGGAGGGACUACAGAAACUGUUAGUUCUGACUUCCAGCACAAAACCCCACCUGCUCGAGUAUCUCCUGGACCUGGACGGAACUUUGGUUCUUCCCCGCCAGGUUCUGCUCCAUCUCGAAUGGCAUGCCUGUUUGAGGAAGCUAGCCCAAGGUCCGCAAACUCUCACUUCAGUUCUCAGCAACCAGGAGGCGCUGUGCCUCCAGGAGCAGUACCUGUCAUAACAUCCCUUCCCUUAAACUCCACCGCUAGAACCUCAAUGGAUAUGAACUCUCAGAAUGCUCCAGUUUAUGAAUCCGCUGUCAUUAAAGAGCACCCUGGACCUCUUCCUCAACGGAGUGAAACUCCUGAGAGGCCAAGUAGCUUUCAGCAGCAUCCUAACAAUGUCUCUAAGUCUGUGUGCAGAAACACACCAGAUGCUCCUUCACCUCCACAUGGGGACCUUUGUCCAUCAGAGGUUGUACCAACUGUUAAGAUUAACUGGCGCCCAAACAAAUCCCAGCCACCUCAGCAACCGCUCUCCCCUGUAGCUACAGUAAAAAACGAAGUCUCCUUGCGCCCUUCGUGCCAACAAGCUCUGACCAAAAACUCACCUGCUCCUAUCAGUGGCAAUACGUCUGUUGUAAUAACCAAAAAGGAGCCUCUGGAUGGUUUUCAUGGAGGCGGUGGAGCUAUGGAAGGACUGCUAAAUAUGGAAAUGUCUCUUGUCAGAAUGGCCAAGAAGGAACAAGUUAAAAAUCCAUAUACCCGCCAAGCAGACACCUCCGUUUCUCCUGUUUCUUCCUCUCCUUCCUCAUCAGCCUCCAGUCUCCCUUACCAGCUAUAUGGCAAGCUACCAAAACUUCAGCAGAGUGGGGGCAACGGAGGGUCCUCAUCCAGCUUCAGUUACACAGCUAAUGUGUCUGUGGUGGAUGGUAGUGGCUUCUCACGCACCUUAGCCGAUAGUGUGCUCCAACUAAGGCCACGUGUGAGUGUCGGCAGCGGUGGAGGUCAGAGUGCCACGCUUGGCAUCCAGGCAUUUACAGACAGUGCUGCAGAAGAAGUGGCUCUCAAGUGUUCCUGCCGACUUAAGGCUAUGAUCAUGUGCCAGGGCUGUGGCGCUUUCUGCCAUGACGAUUGCAUCGGCCCUUCAAAACUGUGUGUGUCAUGUCUGGUUGUCAGAUAGUUUGUUGCAGCUCCUCAAAACUGAGCCGACUAGUCAGAGCAAAUACUUUGACCUCUCCAGACAAUUCUAGCCCUUUGCCAGUGGUGGGACACUACCAGAAGUCUUGGACUCUUCUUGAGCAAAGAAAGUGACAGUAUACUGCAGUGUUAAAGCUGGACAGAUUUUUUUCGUUGCUGAUGGGUCAGGCAAUACAGUAGGGCUGGAAGAUUACUUGUAAGAUAAAAUUCAGUCUGUAUUUUUGUUGCAUAUUUUUUCUAUUGCUGUUAUGAUGGUGUUAUUAUUAUUAUUAUUAAUAUUAUUAUGAUUACAAUAAUAAUGAUAUUGUUGUUAUUAUUAUUGGUAUUAUUAUGUGAAUUUACAUGGCACGGUUGAUUGUAAAUUGUGCCUUUUUUUUCCCCCAACAAAACAUUUACCUCAUCUACUUGACACCAGUCAUCAGUUCAGUGUGAAAAUGGUGGCGUUCCUAUUUGUUUUUCUUCUCUUGAUGCACCUCUGUAAAGAGGGCUUCAGGAGUAUUUUGUGUGUAAUGUCUUGCAAAGAAAUAUUUUUUUAAUCAUUAAACGAGAAAAUACAUUUUUGUUAUUUUGUAAGUGCUUUCACUCUUCUUUUUGUUUCCAUUUUAUUUUCUUAUCCAAAGUGAAGUCCAGUCUGUACUUGGCGGUUAAGCACAGUAUUCAAAUCUAAUAAAGCUGAAAGUGAGCGUA